GGCCGUUAUAAUACGGCGUAGGAUUCUCAACCGGAAGUUCAGGAAAAACGAGGCAACGCCAAGGAAAAAAUGUCUCGGUAUACGCGUCCACCAAAUACUUCUCUAUACGUCAGAAAUGUUCCAGAUCAGACUAGGCCAGAAGAUUUAAGAUCAUUAUUUGGGAAAUACGGCCCCUUGUCUGACGUAUAUGUUCCUGUAGACUACUACACAAGACGACCAAGAGGGUUUGCCUACAUUCAGUUUGAGGACCCCCGCGAUGCAGAUGAUGCACUGUACAACCUCGACAGAACCAGGUUCUAUGGGCGUGAACUUGAGAUAGAGUUUGCAAGAGGAGACAGGAAAACCCCCAAUCAGAUGAGAGCACCCAAUCAGAUGCGAGGUAAGGAGAGGUCCUCUAGACGGUCACCCUACAGAGGCAGUCGUCAUGACGACAGAAGACACAGGUCGCACAGCAGAAGUCCCAGACGAAGAUCACGAUCAAGAAGCAACGACAGGAGAUACAGAUCUAGGUCGAGGAGUUAUGACCAAAGCAAGCGAUCUCGCUCCAGAAGCUAUGAAAAGAGGGGUUCCACCAGUAGAGCAAGAAAGUCUUACACUCGGUCUCGGAGUCACUCCAGAUCAAGAUCAUACAGCCACUCUAGAUCUAAGUCGCCCGGUCCCCAUGGCGACAGGGAAGAGCCAGCGCCACGCAGCCGAACCCCUGACCUAUAGACACAAUGCCCGGGACACCGUCUGCAUCCACCUUGAACAAACUCAUCGUCGCCUAAACAUAUUAUUCAUGAUGGAAAAAAUACAUCAUCUAGUGUUUUAUUUUGUAUGACAUUUUGUUUCCCCAACCUGAAUAUAUGGGUCUUUUCUGGGAAAACUGGGCUUAAUGCAUGUGUGUCAAUUGUUAACCUGGAUAAACUUGUGCUGUCUGCACAGGCUAAUCAGGCCAGGCACAGCACUUUCUGCCCUUAACUGGAUUUCUGCUGAGAAGUGAGUUUCUGUAAAUGAAGAAUACCAUUUAAGGGAAAGUGACAUUCCUGAUAAGCAUGUGGGGAUCGCACAGGCUAAUCUGAGUUGACACUACGCAUUUCCAUUAAGCUUAGUUUUUCCCAGAACUAAGACCCAUAUUAAUCCCCUUGGGGGGAAAAAAAGCAUCAUCUCUUGUUUUAUUUUGUUUUAAACUUUGUUAUUACACGUUUCAUAACCAUAAUCCACAAUUGUUUUCUGACAAUAAGUGUUUUGUUUUGUAUUAUUAUUUGGCAUUGUUAUUAUGAGGUGCACAGAACUGAAUUUGAAUUAGUUUUCGUAGGUCAUUUAGUGUUUGCUAUGUAAUAAACAUGCUCAUUAUUUUCAUCUCUUUGUAACUUCAUGUUAUUUUGUAGUAGAAGUUGCCUAGAUGAGUUCAGAAAUUAAUGAGAUUAAUAUUAGCGAUGUUAUAAAGUAUUCACUUAUUUUUUUUGUGUUGAUACAACUAAGCAAUCUCAUUUUUAGGAUUUCAAGAAUUGUGUAUUGAGAAGCCAAGCAAAAAUUAUGAGUAGUGUUUAGAAGAAAUUUCUAUUCAGCAAUUUGUUUUUCAAGAAAAACUGAUAAAUAUUUCUCAGUUUUUACUUGAGCAUUCUUUUUUUUGCUGACAGUAUUUAUAAAAUAAUAGUACUGGUAAUUUUUUAUUAUUAAUUUUAAAAGUUGGAAAGUUUUUUUUUUGUGCAUAUAAAGAUACAAUGUCUAACUGACUGCUAGUGAACAAAGGAAAAUGUGAUUCUAAUACUUUUAUUCAGAUAUUAGGCAAUGACGUGUAUGUUAGCCUAUCAUUGUUUCAUUCUGUGAAGCAUCGGAGAAUUCAAGUGAAAGACAAUUUGAUUAUUUCAGUUCAAAUGAAACGAUAAGGUCAGAUCAGUUGAACUUGCUAAAUGUCAUGUUUUAAGUCAUUAAUUUUUAUGUAAAAAAUUAGAACAAUAUACAAAUAAAGUAAUUGUCGCUGUAAAUGAAACUUGUUCAACAAUAGAAAAUCAAUGAUACAAAUCAAUAAAAUAAUAACAAAAGAUGAUAACUAUGCUUAAAAUGAAGCACUAAUUUCCCAUUACGGCUGUAAGCUUUAAAUUCGUUGACUACCAUAUUUGUGACAUCACAAUAUGCAAAAAAAAAUUUUUUAUAUUCUCAACAGGAAUGAAAUAAACAAAAGUUUUAUGUUUUGUUUUUCAGUGCAAGAUUAUUUUAGCAAUCCAUUGGUAGUCAUAUAAAUCAGAUAGAGAUCUUCACUUGUUCAACUCUGAACUGCAAACAGGUGAAAUAUGAUUUAAGAUACCACUCGUGAAAUGAUAAUAUUUAACACUGACAUCAUCAAACAUACUCUUUGUAAACUAUAACAACACACAUUUAACAGAACUUUCUUCAUUUUUCUGCCUGUAGAACAAAAUGUUCCAACUGAUGUAGAUUUGAUCCAUAUGAACAAUUCUGAUGUCAGUUUUUGUGUGUGUAGAAAUCUGAACGGAACUAUGAAUUUCAUUUCACAGUUAAAUGUUGGUGAAGAAAUGUUGUAAACUAUGUUUUAUGACUGUAAAAAUAUGUUGUUGAACUGAUUUUGAUAAACAUUAUUAUUCUGUAUCUAUUUCAAUUUGUGUUAACACAUUUCAAUGAGUUUUAUCUGGUAAAUCAGUUUUUCAGUAUAUUUACUAAAUUAAUACAUAUGCCUUUUCACUCAAAAGCAAAGUAAAAAUGGCUACCGGUAUGUGCAAGCAGCAUUAAACCAGAACAGCCUGCAGUCUGUUCGGGUUUUAUGCUGUUUGCUGCUCAUCAGUAUCUUAAGGGUUGAAAAUGAAGCCUUAAAAACUUGAAUCUAGUAAGAAAGGUAUUUAAUUUUAUGUAACUUUCUAAGGUACUACAAAUGCGUCAAAAUACGUAUCUAUGUGGUAAAGGAUUAAAGUAUAACAGUUACCUUCGGGACUUUUUAUUCUGUUGUGAUAAGCAGUAAAAAUAUUCAAUGGAGGCUCAUUUUACCCAAUGCUAGUAGCAGUUUUUCAACAAUGAACAUACAUCAACUGUGUUUUUGCAAAAUUGGUUUAGAAAACCAAACUAAUGAUCAUUUUCAAUUUAUUUUGAUCCAUGUUGGAUACAUUUGAAAUGACAUUACAAUCAUUUGAACAGGAAUAAA